GACAGACAGAGAGGAGGGAGAGACAGACUUCAAUCACUGACUCCAGAUCUGAGGACAAACUCAGCUGAAGAACCACUCACACAAAUUCAGAGAGUUCAGUAAUGUCCGUUCCAGCCCAUCCCCUCUUCUCCCUUCCUCUCCUCCUUCUCCUUUUUCAACUGGACUCCGCCCUCACCUGUCGUACUGCCAGCCAAUCCCAGUGUGACUCCGCCCCCUUCGUCCCCGGUCACAACCUGGCAGGGGAAGGUUUCGAUGUGGUGACCCUGAAACGUAAAGGGGCCUACCUGAUCGACCUAAAGACCUACCUGUCCCCCAGUAAAACCUGUACACUGUGUAGUAACCCCCUACAGGGGAACGAGCUGCAGAAAAUACCCCUGUCUGUUGUAGACUGGAGGCCCUACAGCCACUGUACUGAGGAUAUCUCCAGCCACUCUCAUGUCUCUGUCAGUAACCUGGCACAGUCCACUACCAACGAGAUCACUACAAAAUGGAAGGGGGGUUUGAGUAAUGAGGCGAAGGUGUCUGUAAGCGUACCUGUGGGACCGGUGAGUGUGAGUGUGGAGAAGGAUGUGGGUGCUAGCAUAGAGAUGGGAGGGUCCCAGUCUGAUGUAGCCAUCUUUGCCACAACUAAGACCAAAGAGGACCGCCACUCUUUCUUCUCACAGAAUCUCCGCUGCCGUCACUACAGUUAUCGCACGCCAAACACUCCUACUCUCAGCAAUGAGUUCCGUAAGGACAUUGAUCGUCUGGGCUCAUUCUCUGAGACUUCCAAGGUCCAGUACCGCCGGCUCAUAGACACCUAUGGGACUCACUACAUCCGCCAGGUUGACCUGGGAGGCAGGCUGACGAUGACCACAGCAAUACACACCUGUCAGGCUUCACACAGUGGCCUCUCUACAAACCAGGUGGAAUCCUGCUUGUCCAGGGGCUUUCAGGUAAACAUUGGGAUAUCAGUUUCCUCUAGCGAUGAAAGGUGCUCCAAAGUUCUGGACAACCGUGACUCGAAGACCUCCUACAGCUCUAGCUUCCUCAGCCACCACACCAAGGUGGUGGGAGGCUCUGGUUGGCCUGGGGAGCUGUCACUCAACCGUAACGAGUCAGUGGGGUUCCAUAGUUGGAUGAGAACCUUGAAGAACUUCCCGGACGUAAUCUACUAUUCUCUAACGCCUCUGCACCUGCUCAUACCCAACACGGCUAUCCAGCAGGGAGUGAAGGAGACUGUCCAGGAUUACCUGAAGGAGAAUGCCCUCCCGAAGAGCACCGGGGAACUGGCCUGUGGGGAUCGUUACUCUAACCUGGACUCAAACUGCUGCCUCAGGAAGGUCUCACAGGGAAGACUGGUGGUGACGGUGGUCAGAGCCUGGGGACUUUAUGGAGACUACCAAUGGAUAGCGGGAGACACUGAAGGGUACGCUGUGGUCACCUACGGUUCCAAGACCCAUCAGACCAAUGUGAUUCCAUCCAAUAAUCCUGUCUGGAAUGCUACCUUUGACAUGGGUCCCUUUGCCAAAGACCUGAGUCUAAAGGUGGCGGUCUGGGAUGACGAUCUUGUGGAUAAAGAUGACAACCUGAGGGACUGUACCGUCGACAUCGAGCAGGGGACACACGAACGCUGGUGUAACAACAGCAGGGAGGGCUUUCAUUUCCUGUACACCCUCACCUGUGACCCUUACCUGACCGGGGACAAGUGUGAAAAAUACAAACCUUUCAAAGCCACAACACCCCAACCUUCCACCCCCACAGUACACUCUACUCCACUCUACAGUAAGAGUGUUCAUCUCUUUUCUACCUUUUCUGUCCAGAGUUCAGUAGUCCUAUACCUGUGGUUCUUUUACAUCUCUGUAUAAUGUACCCCUCAGUGGGACUGUUGCCAUACAGCUCACCAGGAACCACGUUGAAAACAAGGGGAAUCAUUAGAAUAUGUUAUCCCCUGGGUUGUACUCGGUGCAUCUUUCUCCCCUCAAUCUUUCAAUCAAUCAUGUCUUUAUAUGUCAUAUGUAAUCAGGGAGUAUAUAGGAUUCAGCUGACUAUAUAAUGAUUAUUCACACCAAAGCAUGUCUGUGACCUAAACAAAUAAAAUGUUACCUUAUAUUUAAACGGCGGCUGUCAAACAAUUAAAAUACUGUAUGUGUUAUAUAAAAAAAACUCUAAAACCUCUAAAGCCAAAGAUGUCUAUGCUUUUGAUAAAUUGUUCUUUAAAGCACAUAAAGAUAUAUUAAAAAAAAUUGACAAAGGGCAAGUGGUAGGAGCUGUAUUUUAUAUAUUUGCUAAAAGCAUUUGGUACUGUAAAUCACAGAAUACUACUCUCUAAUCUAGCAAAGUUAAAUUUCUCCCCCAACGCUUUAAAAUGGAUGGAUUAGUUUAUCUGACAGAAUACAGUGAUAGAAUCAGCCAGAAAGUCUAAUUGUCUGGCAACUGCACAAUGGGGUCCCACGAGGAUCCGUUUUAGGGCCUUUACACUUUAGCUUAUAUGUAAAGGACAUGCUUCAUGUCUCACGGUGUUGGUAUAUAAUAUGCAGAUGAUAUUGUUAUAUACACAUGCCGCAAGUGAAAAAUAAUAUCUGCACCAGGGACUACAGAUAGCCAGUUGUCUAAAUCUGGCAUAUUUACAGAAAUGUUAAUUGAUGUGCAUUGUCCCUGUUAAAUAAAUAUAUCAAUCAAAUGACUACAGUUGUUGGUGGUGUUGUACUCUCUGACUGGUUGUGCUGCAGUAACUCAGUCUCUCCUGUAGAUGGCAGCACUGCUAGAGAGAUACAUCAUCUUUUACGGCAUCCAUCAGCCACAGAUCUAGGAGCAAUUUAACCUAUAGACAUCCUAAUACGAACCAUUGGGCCUACUCACCCUAGAGAGAGAGAAGGAGAGAGAAUAGAGGCGGGAG